UGCAAGCUGUUAAGUUAGGCCAGCAUGACACGCCGGUUCGUGCACAUACUAGUGUGGCUGUUUCUAGCAUUCACAGAAUGUCGCAGCAACAGAGUACAAAAUUGCUAUCGUGCCGCAACUGCCGGUCUCUAUUAUCGUGGUACUAAAAGCACGACGAUUAACGGAAACGCUUGUUUGAGUUGGACAUCAAACGAUGACUACAAGCCAGACGACUACCCACAAGCUGACAUCGGAGAUCACAACUAUUGUCGUAAUCCAAAAGAAGACUCUUACUACAAACCAUGGUGUUUUAUCAGCAAAAACAAAAAGUGGGAAUAUUGUGAUGUACAGGAGUGUGCAGACACGUCGUGUUACAGUGUGAUAGACUUUGGUGGCGGAUACAGAGGAACAGUUAAUCAAGACAAAGAUGGUAACACAUGCAUUAAAUGGUCGGCAUCAGGAUCUGAUCUGGAAAGCAUCUAUAUGAAGCAAGAAUUCACUAAAUAUGGAAUAGGAGAUCACAACUAUUGCAGAAAUCCAUAUCCCCAUAGUGAUGUCCACAACAAACCUUAUUGUCAGUACAAAAAAGACGGCAAUAUUAAUGAAAAAGAUUGUGAUAUUCCGAAAUGCAAUGAUGUUCCUGUCAUUACUCAAACAUGUGGUGGGGAUGGAGGUGGAAAUGCAUGCAAGUUUCCGUUCGAGUAUGACGGCAAAAGGUUUGUAGAAUGCACAAACUACAACAAGAUUUCUACAUCAAGCUGGUGCGCAACCAAACUCGACGGCGACGGAAAGAUGAAGAAAUGGGGCCAUUGCUACUGUGGCGGUCCAACAUCAUCGGCUGUACCAUCAACUGCUGCUCCAUCAACGGCCGCUCCAUCAUCGGUCAUCCCAUCAACAGCCAUUCCAUCAACGGCCGCUCCAACUACGGUUGCUGCAUCGACGUCAGCCCUAUCAACUGCCGCUUCAUCGGCGAUCCCAUCAACGUCCGCACCACCAACUGCUGCUGCAUCUACGGCCGCACCAUCAACGUCCGCCUCAUCGAUAUCCAUCCCAUCAACGACCACCCCAUCGACGGCCGCUCCAUUAACUGCCGCUCUAUCGACAACCAGCCCAACUACAGCCACUAAGUUGUCCACAACAGACGUCAUCACAACACAAUUUAGUCGUCCAUUUACAACACAAUCGACGUCAUUAACAACUACUGUUGUAUCACCUACUAUAUAUACUGCUGAAGAAAGAACGCAAUUACCUACUAGGUCUGUUGCGUCUGUGUCAAUGGCAACUCGAUCUACAGUAGUGACUACAACUGUUUCACGGCCAAACACUGUUAAAGUCAACACUCAAAUGUCCACUCCUACCACGACUUCUAUGCGCGCGUCAUCGAGAGAGGCUACGAGAUCGGCAACCCGUCUUGAUGCAACACCGACUGCUCACGCUAGCGACGCUCUUUCUACACCGAUUGGCUCAACACUUUUGUCUGUCUUGCCUCGUGAUUCUACAAAGACGAUGGUCACAAAACCUGCAUUCACGUCAUUAAUUCACACUACACAAAUUUAUAGAUCCAGCAAUUCUAGACAUGCAACAACUCGUGAGGCAACGACACUAAUGGUAACAGACUUGGCUACAAUAGCAAAAUCGAGUUCUUCGAACCAUACAAUAUACGCAGCAGUUGUCGCUGCAAUCGGAGUUAUUGUUUUAAUUGCGUGUAUAGUCUUCGCAUCUAUCGUCUGGAGAAGAAGAGUAAGAAAGUUCGACUCUAGACUAGUUCUAGCACAUGUGGCAGAAAAAUCAUCUGCAAACAGUAAUUCUACAUUUUCAAACGCUAAAAGUGGGUCAGCAAAUGACGCAGAGCAUAGAGCAACUUUAUCAAAUAGAAGACAUGAAGAGAGAAACGAUGCGUGCAAUGGAAAAAUAUUGAAAUGGUUACGAUUAAAUAGAAGAAGGAAAAACGAUCUUCACUCGUCGUAUACAAUGGAUGUCAAAACGUCAGACGAUAUGCAGUUGAAUCCACUCUAUAGCGACAUUGCAUUGCAACAUCAGAUGUCUGAAAAUUUCUCGACGACGACCGAGUCUCGCAAAGAUUCUAGAUCUGACAAAAUGAAUCUACUUUAUGAAUCAGCAGAUCGGAUAGAGAGAACUGCGGCACGUGAGUCAGAGAACGUCAUUUACAACAUGUGACAGAUUGCAUGCUGCAUGGAACAUAUACCAGUUACAGUAUUAUAAUUUCUACAUUACCGUAUUACGCAAUGCACAGUCAAUGAUAUUAACUUAUCUGA